UCUUUUACAACAAAAACAUCCCUUCUUUGUUCUUUCUUCUUCCCAGAACAACGAACCCUAAAAUACAAACUAUACCCCUCAAUAUACCUGUGCAUAUAUUAUGAUUGAUGGGGUGGCGAGGAGUAAUAGAUUGAAGAGCAGCUCCAACAAUUCGAAACCCCUUCUAAACCCCUCAGAUCCAGUAAUCCUUCAUCUUGUUGGAAUUUGGAUCCAACGACAUCUUCAACUAAUUCAUCCCCUUCUCUCCGUCUUCUCAAUCGGCACUGUCCCGGUCAGAGCAGUUGCUUUACCCAUAGAUUAUUCCUCGCCGACGCCGCUGCAGUGCUUUUGUGAGAGCUCAGAACAGAGACGAACCAAAACGCAGACCACCCUUUCUCUCUUCAAGUCUGCCGCCGCCCACAAAUAUCAAAAUCCCCAGCCAAUUUCGCCGCCGCCCGCACACCUGCACCCCUCUCGCUCUCCAUCUUCUUCCGCAGGAUCGAAUACUCAAUGGGGCUCGUUGAUUCAAGUGAUGGAAUCAGGAACGGACCUUUAAUUUGGUGGUGUAAACUUUAUUGUGACGGUCGCAAAGAGGGUGGACGACGACGGUGUGUAGGCAAGAUUGGUGGGUGCAGAUUCCGAAUCGACGGUGUCGUCGCGAGUUUACCGCCGCCUGUAACCGGCAUCAUCUGGGCCAAUCCUGCAUCUUCGAAUGGCCAACAAGACUCCGGUGGGAGAGGAACCCACUUCUCCAAUGUCGCCUUCCGCCACCAUUCUCAUCUCCUCCUUUCCACUUGCCAGAUCGACAGAGGGAUAUCGAUACGCAAUCCCAUAGUUGAGCCCUUUGCCAAAUCCCCAAUCGCAAAACCUCAAUCGCAAAAUCCGCUUCUCAUCGGCCACGAGUGUGGUUGCAGAUAACCGACGAUGCUUGCUGGUGGUGAGUUCCCAUUUUUGGUUGUUCUUUCUGAGGAAUUUUACAAUGCUUUAAAGCAUUGAUGCUUUAGUUUUUACCUUUAUGGUACAACUUGAAGUUGUACCUUUAACGUUAUGGUACAACUUUAGAUUGUACCUGUACUCUUUUGUAAAGUCCCUUUAUGGUACAAACUAAAGUUGUACAUUUAAGUUAUGGUACAACUUAAAGAGUUGAAAUUGUACCACACAUAAAGAUCAAAUUCCCUUAUGGUAUAACUCUAACUUGUACCUUUAUCGUUGUGGUACAACUUAAAGUUGUACUUUAAAGUACCAAUACUUUAAAGCAUAGUAGAAAGACUCGUUCUAUCUGAGUAGUUCUGGAGACCGGCGCAGGGGAAGAUAAGGUGGGAGCCUUCAAUGUAAUCUUAUCUUAAUCUUAAAAAAUAUUAAACCGUUUUCUAUUUAGCACCCCUGCCACGUACUCCUUCCAGGAAUUUUAUGUCUUCACGUCAGCGCUAUAACUCCCCACCAAAUUCGACUAACAUGAACUUUUUUCCCUUCCUCUUUCCCCACGAUUACCCCCCCUCCCCCCGAAAUCUUCCCCAUGGUCGGCGCUUUGUUAAUCUUACCAACGACACAUCCGGGCCCGAUAAUUUUCGUUCUCUCCCCAUCCCGUCGGGGAACCCCCUCUUUCCCACUGCUCGAUUACACCUUUGUCUCAUAAACAUCGUUUCCUUCAUUAUUAAUGGCGACAAUUCAUUCUUCCCAAAUUUGCAAUAUUGUUCAUCCCCGGCCCCCGCUAGUCCCUACAGCGGCAAAACCUGAAACCUUUCUCCGCCUUCGGCACGACAUAUAUCUGCACUUACCCUUUUUUACCAGAUGAAGGCGGCAACCAUGUGUUACUCCAGAAUUCCACAUCGACCCGCCUUCCUCAGUCAUGUAUUGUGUGUGUAUAUCGCUCGAAGGGAUUACCGCACCACUUCGCCUCCUCCACAGCCUGAAGUGGCCUUCAGCAAAGCCACCCAAUCACGCCAUCAAAUUCGGCCAAAAUAGUGCCAGACGUAGGUAGAAAAUCACACCCUUAAAGCAUACCCACUUAAGUUAUGUUCAUAAUUUCGUUGCACUUGAGCCACUACUCCAUUUUGUUGCUAUUAAUUCCUAGCCUUCAUUCUGCAUAUUGAUUUACUGGAGUUCCAAACUGAUAACCCAAACCUACCGUCUUCUCUUUGUCCCUGCAAAUCCAGGUAAGUUUUAUCGUCAACGUACGUAUCUGUUUUAUUAUAUAGAUAUUGGAGUUCAAUGAAACAGACCAUGGUAUUUGCGAUUCUUAUAUACUCGCUAUGAUGCGCUUGCCGAAAAGUUAGAUUUAUGAACCAAUCAACAACGGUCCUCUUCGUUAGUCAUCCAAUUUUUAUUUACCUUCGUUCAUCACAAUACAAUAUGCAUUCCUUUGUCCACAUUUCCUCCUAUCUUCUUCUCAUAACUGCUGGUAUUGUUUAGGUAAAGUCCUAAUCUCUGCAGUUAAUUAAGGAUGCUGUCUUUUGCUAUGAUGUUUGCCAUGUUUUGUUUUACUGAUAAACGAAUUUUGAUUACUUUUGUUUCAUGAUCGGCAACAAAACAUAUCUACCACUCAAGACUUACUUAUUUGUGGAUCAUAUUACUUCCGAUGUGAUGAAGGCUACACUAUAGCUUCUAUCAUGUCCUUUGGUCCAAGGUUCUUUUAUUUUAGAGGAACAUAAACUUUGAGUUGUAAG